AUGCAACCAGAUUUGCCAAGCUUUCCUCGUACUCCAUUUGGAAGUGUUUCUAGAGCAUUUAGUAAAUCAUGGUAUAAGAAUUACACAUGGUUAGAAUACAGUGAGAUCAAGGAUGCAGCUUAUUGUUUUUAUUGCUUUCUCUUUAAGCAACCCGGGAGGGCCGAGCACUUUGGUUUUGAAGUCUUCACUAAAAGCGGAUAUAGAGAUUGGAAGCAUGCAUCUAAAAGCUUGAAAGAUCACGUUGGUAGUCAUAAUAGUUUACACAACUCAUGUGUCACGCAUUACGAUGAUUAUAAUAAUCAAAGACAAAGUGUGGCAAGUAAGUUUGCUAAAGCAACCAAGGAAUCAGAAGAAUUGUAUAACAUUCGUUUGACUUGUUCUGUAGAUUGUUCAAGAUAUCUCAUGGCACAAGGUAUGGCUUUCCGUGGUCAUGAUGAAUCCUCUGCAUCUCUAAAUAAGGGCAAUUUUAGAGAGAUGGUAGAUUGGGUAAAAUCUACGAAUGAACAAGUGAGGGAUGCUUUUGAUCGUGGUGGAAAAAUUGCACAAUGA